GUACGCGCAGCGCCAGUCAUACCAUCGAAGGAUGCGAGGAAAGGGCCAGCGCCUGCACACUUUGACAUGGUGCUUGUGAUUGAGGAUGAGGACCGGUACACUGGGGAGGGAAUGUCAGGUCUGCGCGUUGGUGAAGUGAUGGUGAUUUUCGACCUCCCGUCACAUUUCGGUCAUUUUCCCCACCCCCUUGCGUACAUCCAUUGGUUCCGGCCACUU